UGGCAGCCCCCACGAGCACGAGCGCCGUAACGCCGGUUCUGGGAGCAGCCGUUUUUGUUGUAUUGUUGCUUUUCCUGAGACUUUUCAUUGUUCUAAGGAGCCUCGGUAAAAGGAAACUUUGUCUUGGGAGUAAUGGAAUGAGACUGAAAGUCCUUGUUAUUGCAGGAUCGGGUGGUCACACAACAGAGAUUUUGAGGUUGCUUGGUAGCCUCAGCGAUGCUUACUCCCCAAGGGUUUACAUCCUGGCAAACACGGACAAGAUGAGUGAAGAAAAGAUUCGGGAAUAUGAGGCCGGCAGGCAGAAGGACGGGAGAAAUUCUGAGUUCAGCCUGGAGCGUAUCCCGAGAAGUCGGGAGGUCAGGCAAUCGUACCUCACCAGCGUGGCUUCCACGCUCUAUGCUGCACUGUACUCCUUCCCUCUCGUCUUCAGGCAUUCACCUGACCUGAUUCUAUGCAAUGGCCCCGGAACAUGUAUACCCAUCUGUGGAGCUGGAUUUACCAUGAGGUUCCUGGGACUGAAAGUGGUGCAGCAAGUCUACGUGGAGAGCAUGUGCAGGGUACAGACCAUGUCCUUAUCCGGUCAGAUCAUGUACUACUUUGCCGAUCAUCUUCUAGUGCAGUGGCAAUGCUUGAAGGAGAAGUAUCCGAAAUCCGUCUACCUGGGACGAGUCGUGUGACCCACCAGAGUACUUUGGAAGAGUAGAACGCUCCCAGCCUCAAGUGCUUAGUGCUUUUCUGUUGUGAUUUGAUGCUUUUUAGAGAUAAAGCUCAUGGUAAUACAUAUGCAAAUAGUUUUAUGCAAAUGACAAAUAUUUUUGUAUAAAAACGAACGAUUGUAUCGAGGCAUUUAUGUUGGAAGCUGUCACUUAUCGAAACAAUCUGGUUGAUUUGCCUCAAACAUGUUUCCGAUCUGCUGUAUAGCGUAAGUACUCAGUGCAACCUGAUUGCGGUCAUGCAGGCUUUUAGAAUUUGAGAUACAUGUGACCAUUUCAUUUACGGACUCCUCUUUGCUGAAAAGAAAGUGACUUGGCCAUGAAUGGCGUGCAGAUGACGUCAGUGGUCUACUCGAGCAGUGUUUUGGGCGGCACUAGGCAUGCGCAAUGCGCGUGGCGCACUGGCGUGCACAAAAUUGCCUUGCACCAUGCGCUGGCAGUCUGCAAAUAAUCGUCUGUGACAGAAAUUAAGACUUUAAAAGCGGCAGAAGGUUUGGGAAGGUAAAGGAAAAAAGGGAGCUAAUAGAAGGGGAAAUUAACAUGUCAGCCGUGAAAUAAGCAGGGAAAUUGAUAUGUAAGAAAAAGUAAGUUUAAAGGGAGCCCGAUGUUUGUGGCGGGAUAUCAAGGACAAGUUGUCAGGAAACAUUAUAGGGUGGAAAUCAGGGAAGGAUAAAAAACGGGUUCCCCUUGAUUAUGGUGCAUCUGUCAAUCAUUGUGCUUACAAGGAUGGAUUAAAAAAAUCAGACAGUAGGCAGGGUGACUUUUAAAAAUGGAUUGUGGGAACAUUUGUGGAUUAUCGUUAUGAAUGAAGCAGUCAUUCUCACUAGUUAUCUGCAGUUGGACUGAUUUGGCACUCAAAAAAUUAUCACGGGCUUUGAGGUUGGGGGUGGCUGAGGGGCCAAACCAGGCCUAUAUCUCGCGCUUUGGACCGUUGCAUUGCGAAUCUGCCUGUAUCAGUAGUCUAACUCCUGGGCGGCUGAUUGCUCGCCAAACAAAGCGGAAUAACGAAGAGUGAUAACUCUCAGCUCCCGUCAGCCGCGGAAAUUGGACCCUCUCCGUCAGUUUUCAUUUCCCUUUUCGGCGAAAAGGAGGACCUUGAUUGGCCAUAGUUGCCCAAGUCCUUGUGUGUGAAUGAUGGAUAACGUGGUGCGGGCCCGGUAUACGCGGUGCCAAGACGGAUUGCAUCUCCGGGAGGGACCUAAUGCGCUGAUUCUGGUUUGGCGUUCGAAUGCUGUGUGAUUCCGGUUUGUAAACAAACCUUUUGCAAGGGGUAAUCAUAGCGUACGCUUGUUGUAAAAAUCAAUCUGCUCGCAGACAAUUUUUAAGGUUUGUGGUAUUCCAUUUCAUUUUGUACAGGUAUCCGGAUUAACCAGGUUUUCGCCUUUUGUUAUGUGCCUAGCUGAAAUCAGUGUACACAGCUUGUGAAAUGAUAACGAUUAAAAUAUCCAGUGUUUCAGUAUCCAUUUUCUUCUUUAAUUAAUCGACUGCAAGUAGAUCAGAGGAAUACGCAGUCCCGUACCUUUCGCUAGAUGUGAUUUCAGUAGCGAAUCUAGCAACUAUUUUUUUUUGUCAGAUUGCUAACAUCUUCUGGUCUACGGAUAGUAGGGACUACUUAAAUUGCAGUGUGAGAUUGCCCACUGGAUCGAAACCUUUCCCUCCCUAUAGAGGGUUUGCAUGACUACCAUCUUGCAGGCCUGUGGUUUUGUUCCACAGGGUGUGCACAAAGGGGGUUUCCCUGUGUGGACCAAAAGAGCUGCCCAGCAAGAUGGCUACCAAGCAAAGCCUCUGUACUCCCCCCCCCAAAAAAAGUCUCCGGUUUCUGGUCAGCGCGCGGGUCGCCGUAGACCUGCGCGUCGGCAAAAGGAAGAAGUGUUUUAUUUAGUAUGAUACGAUGUCCAAAAGUUGCCAAACUGCUUGAUCAAGUGGAAUCGUGCUACUGCGUAAUUUUAAAGAGCUUGAGAUGGGGUGCGGUUGAGUAUUAUACAGUAAAGGUGUCCCACUAUAGGUUCCAUACAUUUAGUUGGGCACUCAUUUUCAGAUGACGUCAUUUAUGAGCUCGAGAUUGCCCAGAUUAGAAACCUGUAGCCCGAGUGAGAAGAAGAUUAAAGACAUUGCCUCAAA